UAACACACAAGUAACUAAAGGUAUUAAAUACAUGUAGUGUAGUAAGAGUACAAUGCAUAUAUCUACUACUUUUGGAAAAUGUGAAUUCAUCUGAACCCUAAAUUUACCUUUUCUUGCCCUGAACGCUACUUUAUUUUUUAUUAAUUUGAUUUCCCCUUUUAUUUAAUAUUAUUUUCAUGUCACCUACCUCGUCUUCAAUUAUCUUGUGUGAUGAACUAUUCCAUACUUCUUUUAUAAAGUAGUUGUGUAUACUUCUGAAUGUGUCUACUUAUUUCUGUCUUUUUGCUGCUGCACCUGAAUUUCCCCUUGGGGAUCAAUAUGGUCUCAUCUCACUGUAAACCAACCUCUUUACAUGUAACACGAGUCUGAAUACAUCUAGAUAUACACUCUCUUAAAAGGUGUUUGUCAAUGCUAUUAUUAUUUUCUCAGCAUGUCUGUUUCUUGUUUGAUUCCUGGGAUAAUCCGAGUCACUGCGACAUGUCGUCCUACAAAGAGCUCUCUCUCUUCAGAGGGAUCCGGAAAGGCUCUCACCAUCAUGAGUCCUCCGUGUCACAGUGUGGGACACGUUCACCAACUUUAGGGCUAUUUUUGGAGCGAUAAACAAAUAAAUGUCAUAAAAGACCAGUGUCAGUAGAAGUUUUAAGACCUUUUAAUAUACUGCUACAAGUAUAAGUCAUGCAUUCUUAAAUUGUAUUCUUAGUAGUAAUAAUCUCAUGUAAUAAUCAUGAAAAUCUAAAGGAUAAAACAUAAUGGACACACUAUGCAGCCAGUCUAUUUAGCUGGUACAUUAUAUUAUAUACAAUGCAGUAAAAUGUUAGCAUGUUUGCAUUUGAAUGUAUUUCAUGUCGUACAGUGCUCGAUUACAUCACUGCAAUUUGCUCAAUAUAAAUACAAAGGACUAUAAACACACACACACCUCUGCAAGACGAUCAAUUAGGAGCUCACGUGGGUUUAUUGAUUUUAGUGCGUGACGUCAUCAGGACGGCCUUUGUCUGAACAGUAGCAGCAUUAGCAUCAGUCACCUGGCUAAGAGCAAACCUGCUAACUACCUGGUUCAAUAAAGCCUAGAAUGCUGUUAGCCUGGGAGCAAACAGUUCGCUGAAUGUCACUGUAGUUCAUUUUGUAUUUACCUUUAUACAUCGGCUCUCGGACUGAGGAUAACGUAAAAUGAAACAAAUGAUGAAAAACAAAACAAACGUAAGAAUUCAAUCAAUUUUCCGUAUGCGCAUGCGCCGUAAUCCAAUCCCUUGCCGCAAUAUACGUGUACGCCAGGGCUUGGGUUAGUUGGCUACCGUUACAUUCAAAUUAAACGAAGACGGUUGUAGUCAGUUAGGUUCAAAUCUAUAACGUUAUUCUUCAAAAAUAAUCACGCAAAAAUAGUCCCCAAAAUGCUGCGGUUGUUAAAAGUAACAUGAUAAACAUUGCCGGUUGACAGACAAACACUUAAUUUCAGAUAUAAAUGUAGUGUUUUAUUCAUUAUGUGAGUAGCUAGUUGUGUGUACUAUCUGUAUGCAAAUAUAUAAUGUAUUUAAACCGAUGUAGUUCGGUUGACGUUAGGCCACAACCAGCAGCUCCAUCGUGGCUGCUGAUCCCUUUGUUUGUAGCAGAGAGGGGAAACAUUUCUCCAUUGCGGUCCGUGGGUCCGAAAAAAUAUCGCACCGAUAACCACAUUGAAACUUAUCACUUCCAUUGACAUGUGUCCAUUUUGGUAGGCCUAUAUGUAUAUAUAAGAGCCGUGUAUUAAAAUAACGCCGACAUUAACGGUGUCGUUCAGACUCUCCACUAGCUGGGUGGAAACAUCAUGGAGUCUGUCUGCUGAAAUGUGGCCGAACAUGAGCAGUCAAAUACUGAAUCAUAGCUCGUGACUACCACAAGCACAAUUGUUUAAAACGCAAAUAUGUAAUGUAUUCCGUUUAAAUCUCCCGUGAUCUGUAAAUAAGUCCCACAAAUCACAAGCUAAACGCUUCCAUAAAUUGUACAUGGAUCUGGCUGGGUGGAAACAUCAUGGAGUCUCGUUCUGCUGCUGCUGUUACAGUCUGAAAUGUGGCCGAAAAUAAGCAGUCAAAUACGGUAUAAUGGCUCACAAUUAUCUCAAGCACAGUUGUUUAAAACCCAUUCAAAUUAUACUAGUCUAUGUUGUGAAACACCACAAUAAUUUAGAGUCCGUAAGCAAGCAAGAAGCGAGGCCAGAUUGGCAUGUAAUGAGCCGAGGCUGUUUUAAACCGGAGUUAACCGUUUCUUUGCCACAGUGCUUUAAACUCAUUUAUGCAACGUAUUCAGUUAAAAUCCACCAUGAUCUUUGAAGAAAUCCCACCAAUCACUUGCUAACGUCUUCCAUUUCACAUGGAUCUGGUUGUUUUGAAUAUCCCGUAUAUUGCAGUAGUUUUGACCAUACAUCUCCUGCUGGAAACAUUCCCACCAGCUUCCCUCUUUAGGCUCUGUGUUUAAAAUCAGUUGUAUUCCAUUUUGACGAAGCUAACACCGGAAGUAACUAUAAUCUGUAUACAUGAGGAAAAUAACUGUCGGUCGUAGCGUCUGUUUGCAGCAUCAGGAAGUCACGAUAUUCCAGUAAAAAGUCCAUUAGGAAGAGAAUCAUCUACGGAACAAAAGACACCAUCCCGCUGCUCCACCGCUCUUCCCCCGCAGAUAACGGACGAUAUGACCGGGUGUUGAUGCCGACGAGUUUUGAACCAGGUGGCAGCAGCAAGAUGGCGUCCGAGGCUGCGCAGUACCGAAGAAGACGGGCGGUGACGUCAGUGCAAAUACACCGCAUGCCUUAUUCCCCCGACUUCAUUUGAGAAAACCUCCACCAUGUCGACUGGGUUUUUACGACGGGAAACACACGUGGAUUAAUGUCAUAACGUCGACAUACGUGAUCUGUUGGACCGUGCAGAAGGAUGCUGUCCCAAACCAUCAUACAAAUGUAUAAAAAGCGGGAUCCUCCUGCCCUUUAGAUGUCUGGGAGCUGUUCAUGGCUUUUAAGAAGAAGCGAAAAGGAAUGGUUUUCCAUCAGGAAGGGGCAACCAGCCCUGUUGCGGCACCUGCCGCGGACCAUCCAUCUUCCCGCUUUCUUGUUCCGACACUAGGGAAGGCAAGUGAAGGCGGUAUGGAGCAAAGCAACUGUGCAACCACUGAAGAGGCAGAUAUGAUGGGUAAACCCAACAUUUACCCAUAUAAAGAACCGGUUAGGAAUGCUGGUGGAUUUGCUGCUGUGAAGCUUCCGUAUAGUUCAACCCCUGAGCCAGACAACCUCUCACCUGAUAGCAUCUGCAAAGGUAUCAAAGUAACGCUGGACAACAAUGGCAUGUGGAACGAGUUUUUCAAAUGCAGAACAGAGAUGAUUGUGACUAAACAAGGCAGCAGGAUGUUCCCCUACUGCCGUUUUCGCAUCUCUGGCUUGCAGCCAUCUAGGAAGUAUUCUUUGAUCAUGGACAUUCAACUUUUAGACAUCAGUCGUUACAAGUGGAAUGGCAAAAGCUGGCAAGUUGCUGGAAAGGCAGAAAGUCAUGGUAAGAGUCAACCAUUCGCUCACCCAGAGUCUCCAUCAACAGGAGAACACUGGAUGAAAAAUCCAGUGUCCUUUUACAAACUGAAACUCACAAACAACGUCUCAGAGCAAGAGGAGAACACCAUCCUGCAUCCGAUGCACCGCUACUUGCCAAGGCUGCAUGUGAUCCAAACCGAAAAAGACAAUCUAAAGGGUUGCAAUCUUAUGACAUUCACUUUUCCCCAGACUGAGUUUAUGGCAGUCACUGCUUACCAAAACCCACAGCUUUCCCAGCUUAAAGUUGACUACAAUCCGUUUGCUAAAGGACUGAAGGAGGAGAGCUCCAGUCCGUUUGGCCUAAAACUGAAGUUGAACUCUGAAAAAGACUUGCACAAAGGUGGAGGCACGACAACCAAUGAGCAACAUCCCCUGAAAAAGAGCUUGAAGUCUUUGCUUGCAAACAAUAAACCUAAAAGCUUAAAAGCAGUGGAUGCAAAGCCUUCGGGUUCUAGUGAUCUUCAGAAAAAGUCCACUACAAAUGAAGAUCAGUCAGCUGCCAGUGUGACUGGGGAAUGUUCAGGCAAUUCACGUCCAGCUCAGAAGUUGUUUUCAGAACUUAUCCGGGAGGCUCAUGUUUCACUGCAUAGAUGCAACGUGGAGCAGCUGGCCAUCACAAACGGCACCUCUCCUAGAACUGAGCAAACCCAAACUAAAACCACUGCUUUGAAAAGCAAUGAACAAGAUGUUCCCAGAAGGGACAGUAGAUCUGUCGAAACAAAUAGUGUCCCAUCAUCUGCAAAGAACGGUGAAACUGUUCAAACAAAGAGGAAAGUUAAGGAGAAUAAGGACCUUUUGAAUUCAACAAACUGCAAAGACAACGUAAGGACUGAUAGUUCUGAGUUACAUAAUGAUUCUCCAGCAGUUUCCCAGAACUCCUCGGUCGAAUCAGACCACCAACAUCAGCUCAAAGCUCUAUCAGAGGGAAAAGAAAAGCAGCAUAAACGUCCAGUGCCCCUGCCUCUGCCAGCUCUUGCUCGUUUUUUGAAGCAGCAUUCAACAAAAUCUAAAAAGGCAAAGAGCAAGCUGGAUUCUCCACCCCAAGCAAUCCCAUCUGAACUUUCAUCUAAUUCAAAGAGUUCUGCUGCAGCUCCCACAUGUCCACAAUCUGACCCCUUCGUUAAAGCAACUGAUCCUUCCAAAGACCCUACUGGUGAUAUCACAAAAUACAACAACCUGGCUUCUGGACAUACUAGUGAACAUCAUCUGGAUGAAAUAGGACAAGCAGGACAAGCAGGUCAAACCACCAAUGAACAGUCCAGUCCAUCAUGUCUAGAUGACAAUGCAACUACAGGCCCAAACGGACUAAGCACUGAAGAUUUCCUGACCUCUGUCUCAGUAACUGAAUGCAACAGCCUAGAGGGACAAGAUGGUACACCAGUGUUACCUCAUUUUUAUCAACCCUUUUGUACGCUUGGGACAUCUUUAUCCACCAUUUCGUCAACUCUUGCUACCUCCCCUGAAUCUCCUAUUUGGUCACCCAUCCAUGACACGGUGUUACCUGCCCCAAACUUUUCCCAAACCCAAACCAUCAAUGACUCCUCCACACUACCUUCAGACUCCCCUACUAGUAAGUCUGAUUCUUUGCUACCUGACCCUGAGUGUUCUUCAUAUGCUUUUGAGGAAUUGUCACCUGCAAGCUCUCCAGAACCUUUACCUUCCCUGCCUCUCUCGUUAGCUCUAGAAUUUGACUGCAGUACUUCUGAACCACCUCCACAAGCAGUAUCUCCUGAGGAGUUGCAGCACAGCGAAGCAUCUGUGUUCAAAUGGCAUACAGUGUUACCUCUACCUAAGCCGUACAUAGAAACUUCACUCACUACAUUUCAGCCCACACCAGAGACUCUACCUUUAGUGUCGGUUGCUUCACCUUUUUUGCCUUCCCAAACACCCUCCCAAUCUGAACCACAGGUUAUUGACACCUCCACAUCCAUGGCUCCCCUUGACGCUGGUCCAUCAUUUCAAGAAAACGUACAGUUGCUGCCAUUCCCUGCUCAAUUGUCCCCCCUCGCGCUUCAGUUGCCGCUGUCUCCAACUUUUUCCUCCUUAGAUGGAGAUGAACUCUCACCUACGCCUUCAAUCGCCGAACUUGUGUACUUUUUCUCCAACGAUCAUGACCUCGGGAUGGAGUUUUCAAACACAGAGACAAUAGACGUUCCCAGCUCACCGCCGGGUAAAGCAGAAGCAAAUGCACAAGAGCCUUCUCCGCAGGUGCAACCAAUUCCAGCCAAAAGAACCUGCAAGCAGCAGAAGAAGAAGUCCAGGCAGCGAAAGUUAGCGGAUGUAGAUCAAGAUAUUGAUCCCUCAUACGGUAGAAUGCAUCCCAACCUGGAGGAAGUAGAAGAGCAGUUAUUUAUUUCAUUCACUUCAAAGGAGGCUCUCAAACUUCACCUUGCGGACUCCUCCGAUGGACCGAACUCACAGCCUCAGACAACACCUGAGGGACCCGUGCUACAACAAACUACUGACACACCUGAGAACGAGACAACAGAGGAAAUUGAGAGGAUCGCUGCCUUCGAGAAGAUUCUCCUGAGAGACCUGAAGCUGCUGAGACACAGACAGGUGAUCCAUCCGGUGCUGCAGGAAGUGGGUCUGAAGAUGAAUCAGCUGGAUACGACUCUGGCCAUAGACCUGCAGUACCUGGGGGUCCGUCUGCCCAUCCCCCCCCCUGGAGUCUCUCUGGAGCCGCUGACCAAGAAGCUGCCUCCACCUCCAGUUAUUUCUGCAGCGUUUGUGUCAAGAACAGGAAAAACGACCGAUGUGACUCAGAUUAAAGGUUGGAGAGAGAAAUACACUCCAUCAGAGGCUCCGCCCACUCCGACACCAACAACACCUGAAGCUGGUCCCAGUUCAGACCCACCAAAGAAGAACCUGUCUGCGUUCUGCAGCGACAUGUUGGACGAGUAUCUGGAGAAUGAAGCGAAGCUGAUCGAGGAGCGAGCCGACAGCUUCUCUCAGUCUGCCGUGGAGCCGCUGGUGUACGAGCUGCCCACCAGGAGCACCAGCUACGUCCGGACCCUCGACAGUGUCCUGAAGAAACAGACCUCCAGCUCCCCCACAUCAGACCUCAUAUCUGGAUUCAUCCCUCCCUCAAAGAGACCCAAGCUCACGCUCAAAGAGGCGAAGAAACCCCGGAAAGAGAAGCUGAAGAGAGGUCCAAAACCGAAAAACAGAGAACAACCACCUCCAGGUUCUACACCUUCUCUAAGUCCUACUGAGUCAAACCUGCUCCCGAAACAACCUGGACUCCAUAUCCCAGCAGCCCCCACUCCAUCAGAGCACACAGCACCUCUCCCUGUACCUCUAAAACCAAGAAAACAACACCUGAAAGUGCGAUUCAACGAGCCAGAGCCGUCACCUCUGCCUCAUCAACCCAAGCUGAGGAAGCUCAAACCCAAGCCCUCGCCUCAGACCCUCAGCCUCCACACGGCCCCGCCCCCUGGGGUCUUAGAUGACAUGGCCCCGUUGGAGUCGGACUCUGAGCUCGUGGAUCCUGAACCCUGCAGUACAGAGGUCGGUCCUGUGAUGACCCGCGCUCUGCUGAGGCAGAAGGACCUGGAGGACGCCAUGCUGUGGGAGGGGCUUCCUCGGACCUCCAUCACUAAGGAGAGGGCUGCCAUCGCUCUGACGUCACUGUUCACACUGAAG